CCCGACACUUACGCACCAUAGUUUUGCUUUUAUUUUCCACACGCAUAGUCUUACAUCGCAUAAUCUGUUGUACAACCCAUAAUUACAACGCGCUCGAAUGUCAGCACGCGCAUGAUUUUCAUACUCUGUACUGCCUGAAGUUUGUCGGUUGAAUACAACAGUUGCAUAGCAAUGAAACAACGCAUUCCAAAUGACGACAUUUGUGAUAAAACCGUUGGACUCCUUGCGUGCCGCAUAGUAUGCAUUGCUACUCACAACGAGAUGACAUUACUGCAGUAAUUUCCCAGUUAUGACUACCUCGUACUAACAGUAACAAGUUGUAAAAAUUCAUUCCGGAGAAAUCUGAAUCAAUUUUCCCCCGCUCUUGGAAAAGCUCCAUCUUCCGCAUUGAUCAAAGAACUUACUAGUUUUGAUUGAGGAAAACGAUGCUUCUCACGGUUCUGGAGCACGCAAUCCCGCUAGCGGCGGGGAUGCUGUUGGCGCUACAUGGUGCGAUCGGCGCGCGUCUCGCGGCGACUUUUCAGUCCGCACCCUUCGCGGCCAUGCUCAACAUGCUCGGCGCAUUAUCCUGUGUAAAGAAGUAGUACUUAACCACGACCCAGAAAGUAUUUGUCAUGGAGAUUUGCAUGUUGUCCAGAGACGGUACCGAACGUCUCUGUAGUUGCACCUAUGCAUGAGAGGCAUAGCUAUUAAAGGCUCUGCUCCUUCAAUCAGGAAUAAAAAAAGAGCGAAUUUUUCCUGAUGUGGCUCUUGUAUAGCCAGCGCCAGCUUCGAUUCCUAUCCUACACCCCCAAAUCCAAUAAUUUGCCACUCACAGCACCCAAAAUGGAGAUUGCUGGCCAGCAACACUUGUGUACUCAGCAAAUCGCCUGGCGCAUGGUCUUGACAUUCUUUCAUGCCGCAGAUAAAAUAAUUUGGGUGUUGGCUACUAACUUGUUUCGGCAGGAUACGCGUUGAGCUGUCUUCUGGUCGUCAAAUCGGUUUUGUGGCUGUCCGGAAAAGUGUACACCACGAGAAAGACGCAGAACGCCUGGGACGAAUUAUUGUCCUCUUCGACCACGACUUGUAGUACGACUUCCUUGUCGGACGUCGCGUGCGCCUCAACGACGUCCAGCGCCACAAGUUCGACUGGACCGUGCCAUGCUGCGAGCGAUAAAGUCACGCCCGAGCAGCAGACGGGCAGUCCGGUGUUGAAGCGGAACAAUAUUAAUAAAGGGACUAAUACCAAUCCAGUCCUCAUACCCAGUAAAGACGAGGAACUCGAGCUCGGGAAAAACGACCUCGACCGGCGCAACCAAGUGAGCACGUGCAGCACCUGCGUACCUCCGGACGGGGGAGAAAGUGUUCAAAAUCUUCACGAAGUCGAAGUCUACAAAGGGGCACCAGCUGCAGCUGCGAGGAUAUCAACAUCCGGGGUUUCAUCUACGCCGUCGGUUGCAUCCUCCUCGUCUGGGCGGAGUUCUGGGGGUGCAGCUUCCUCCGAUGAGAGGAACAAUAAACUUUCGUUCCUCAAAGUCGUGGAUCAGAACGCGCACACCAUGACCAGUGUCAAGACCGAAACCACCACCACCUCCUCGGGCAUCCAGAACUGUCCUUCCCAAGAUUCUGCGCGUGCUGGUGGUCGUUCCACCGCGAACAGCAUUUCUGCUAAUAACGCCCACGGAGCUCUUGGAGGAGAUCGUCUUCAGGAUCAUGCUGAAGGAACAGGACUAGUCGGCAGUACCUCGGAUCCAGAAGACAAUUUUGUGCUAGAGACGCCCCCAGACACAUACCAGUUUCUGUGUUCAAGCGAAGUCGACAGCCUGAACAGUGUAGUUGAACUAAAGAGCAGCUGCCUUGGUGGUGCUCUCACGACCACCAGUAGUUCCGCUGCAAACCCCCUGUCUGGCGUGGAUUUUGCCGCCAAGAUGGCGGCGGGCCGACCAGCGAAGAAGCGCGGACUCGACCAACUUUUUUUGGAGGACCCGGACGUUGAACAGGAAGACUCUCGUCCAGCGACGAGAGAGCAGAAUGAUACGCAAACAAGUAGUUCAUCUGGCAGCGACCGGACGUUGGAACAACAUCAAAUGACGUCAAGUCAGCACACCGCAGCGACGGGCACAGCACCUGCACCGGCAUCCAUGAGUACGAGCUUCGCUUCAUCAAGAGCAAGUAAGGCGAAGCAGUCGGAUCCGGUUUUGUUCCCACACGACAGCACGACCACCGAAGUUCUCGCACACGACAAAGGAGAACCUCACAGGACGUCGAGUGGCAGCGAGGACGAUUUUUCAGCGCUGUCCCCCGUUGGUAAAAAUAACAUCAUCUGUGCGCGGAGCCAAUCGCAAGAGGUGAGCCACCAGUCGGUGCAGCACAGUCACGCAGGAGCUCCGAAGAAAAAGCAUCAAAUCCCCAACAUCGGGCUCCUGUUUCGGUUGAACCUAGACGUGGGGCGGAGAGCGUCGCUGAAGGAGUCGCCGAAAGUCGUUGCUUGCACCAAAAAGGUGAUGAAAGGUGGUGUCCCCUCUGAAGAUACAUCAGCGGAAACAUCGUCAACUCCUUCGUACGAACUGAAAAGCGUUACUGGCGGCAAGGACCACCUUCUCGUUACAUCUCCCGGAGCCACUGUCGUACAAAAUCUAGUAGAUCAAAGUUCGCAAGCAAAGAACUUUACUGCGGUCGCGGCCAACAAUCCGCUCCACGUGGUGGAGAUCAAAACCAAAGUACGCGAAGAGCACCCGCGGGAGCAAAUCAAGAUUUGGAAGCUGCUCGGGGGCCCCAUUGGUGUGUUUAUCGUGACUACCGCGUUUUUGACAAUUUCCAAGAUCGGGUGCGUCGCUUUUUUCCUGAUCAACGCGGCCGGCCAACUGUCUUCUAGCAUGCUGUGCGACCACAAGGGCUUUGCGGGGUUGCCGCGCCGCCCGCUGAAUGCGGGCAAGCUGACCGCGAUUUUGGUAGUUGGGGGCGGCGUUCUUUUGGUCGUGAUCAGCACCUUCUCCUCUACUGCCAGUGCUGGCAGCACAGCUUCCUCUCCCGCCGGUCGGUCAGCACCGCCUUCCGCUUCUACUGCAACGGUCCAACACCACCUCCGACUAGAGGCAGAAGUGUCCCCGUCGGGAACCUCGUCGUCCGCUGGAGCGUCGCCGUCCACAGCGGCUGCUUCGGCAACGGUCUCCCCCUCUGCUCCGGGCCGUGCUCAUGAACUACACGGAGAGCAGCAGGACCACCAGAAGACGGAGGAGGACUUCUGGCAGCACACGCUGCCUUUCAUGGUGCUGGCCUUUUUUGGCGGCGUGUGCCUUCCGAUCCAGGCCUCGGUGAACGCGGCGGCCCGGCGAUGCUUUGCGAGCAACGACAGUGGCGCACUGGUCAGCUUCAUCGGCGCGUCGAUGGCUUCCACUGUCGUAUUUCUCGGCUGGGACUACCCGCUUGCGCCCGUGGAAAAACCAGUGCCAGUUUGGAUGUUUGCGCCAGGUAUGGUAGUUAUUUUCAUGUUCUUUCAAUAGCAGGGUUUGGCUUCUUUAUUUGGCGGGGGAAAGCGGUCUUUUGGAUAAUAUGCACAGACCUGCCAAUUAUCGUGCCUAUAAUGAUUCUUCUUUACGUGAGCUAAGUACUACGUACAGUUGUGCGACGAGGAAGCAGGAAAAGGAAUGAAGACUAGAAAAACCAUGAUCUCUCCCUAAAAAACAAACUCCGAAGGUUUAAUCGGCGCGUUUUGCGUUUACCAAAGUUGCGUGAUCGGGCCCCGCAUUGGGCAAACGAUGCUGUGGCUGUUGAUUCUGCUCGGUCAGUUGGUGGGAUCCAUGCCUUUCGACCAAUUUGGAUGGAUCGGCCUGCAACAGCGAUCGCUCACGACUUCGCGCGUGUUGGGAGUGUUCGUCGUCGCCUUCGGCGUUUUCCUGAACAUGCGCUACAACCGGCAGCAAAUCAAAAACGGAGAAGCGAUUGCCAGUCCGAGGAAGGGGCACCGCAGCGCCGCAAUGGCACUCAGGUCGUAG